GCGGAACGAAACAGAGCAAGAGAGAGGGAGAAGAAGAAGAAGAAGAAGAGGGCGAGCUGAAGCAGAGCAAGAGAGAGAGAGAGCGAAGAAGAAGAAGGUUUUAAAGAUGACAGAGACGACGCCAAAUCACACACAGACUGUUAAAGGAUGGGCAGCUCGCGACUCGUCGGGGAAGAUAACUCCCUUUGUCUUCAAGAGAAGGAGAAACGGAGCAGAGGAUGUAACCAUAAAGAUACUCUACUGUGGGAUGUGCCACACUGAUCUUCAUAAUGCUAGAAACGAUUGGGGUCUCACCACCUACCCUGUUGUUCCAGGGCAUGAGAUCACUGGAGUCGUCAUCAAUGUGGGAAACAAUGCGACUGAGUUCAAACUUGGCGACAAAGUAGGCGUUGGCUGCCUCGCAGCCUCUUGUUUGAAGUGUGAGAUGUGCCAAGCCAAUGAAGAGAACUACUGCGAUGAUAUCCAGCUCACCUAUGGCGGCAUCUACUGGGAUGGAAGCAUCACAUAUGGUGGAUAUUCCACCAUGAUUGUCUCCCACAAACGGUUUGUGGUGAAGAUGCCGGAGAACUUGCCAUUGGAUGCAGCAGCUCCACUGCUAUGUGCGGGGAUUACAAUGUUCAGUCCCAUGAAGCAAAAUGGGAUGCUGGACCAGCCUGGGAAGCGGCUUGGCAUUGUCGGCCUCGGCGGCCUCGGCCAUAUCGGUGUCAAGCUUGGGAAGGCCUUUGGAUUGCAUGUCACAGUUAUUAGUACUUCCUCAUCCAAGGAAGAUGAAGCAAGACGUCGUCUUGGCGCUGAUGACUUCAUCAUUAGCACCAACAUUGACCAAAUGGAGGCUGCAAGAAAGAGCCUGGACUUCAUCCUCGAUACAGUGUCAGCUCAGCACCCACUUGGCCCUCUCCUGGAACUCCUCAAGGUUGGAGGAACACUGGUGCUCGUCGGUGUUGCAGAGAAACCCCUCCCUCUACCUUCCUUUCCGCUCUUAUUUGGGAGGAGGAAGGUGGUGGGGAGCUUGAUAGGUGGAAUGAAGGAGACGCAAGAGAUGAUGGAUUUGUGUGGGAAGCACAACAUUACUUGUGACAUUGAGACUGUGAAGCCUGAAGGCAUCAAUGAGGCCAUGGAAAGGCUUGCGAAGAACGAUGUGCGCUAUCGAUUUGUCAUAGAUAUUGCUUCCUCUUCAAGCAAUGGAGUCCUUUAGUUCUGUAUUGAGAGAUGAAUAAUGAGAAGUGUUACAUGGUUUGAAUUCAACGUAAGAAUUCUAUAUUACUAUAUAUCAUUGUGAGAUAGAAAUUACUAUUGUUUUAUUA